AUGUUGGACCCUCCGAGAACAGAAGUCUUUGACAGUAUUGUCAAAUGUCGCCACGCAGGUAUCCGCGUCAUUGUCAUCACCGGUGACAACAAGGCCACUGCAGAGGCAAUUUGCCGCAGAAUUGGCAUCUUCGGCGAGGAGGAGUCGACCAUGGGGAAAUCGUACACCGGACGAGAGUUCGACGACUUGCCAAUCGAAGAAAAGCGUGAAGCCUGCCGCCGGGCUCGUCUGUUUGCUCGAGUGGAACCAGCGCACAAAAGCAAGAUCGUCGAGUUCCUGCAAGCCGACGGUGAAGUAUCAGCCAUGACUGGUGAUGGUGUCAACGAUGCUCCAGCACUGAAAAAGGCCGAAAUUGGUAUUGCCAUGGGCAGCGGUACGGCUGUGGCUAAAUCUGCCUCUGAGAUGGUCCUGGCUGAUGACAAUUUCUCCACCAUUGUCGCUGCGGUUGAAGAAGGCAGAGCUAUCUACAGCAACAUGAAACAAUUCAUCCGCUACCUGAUUUCUUCCAACGUCGGUGAAGGUGUGUUUUCGUAG